GUUUUUUCAAUCAUAGCAUAAAGAGAAAAAUAGAGGAAUAAUAAAUCACAGCUCUCAUUCAACCACUAAGAAUUUAUCAUUUCCAAUAAUGGCCGGAGCCGUAAGUCUUUGGAGGAGAGAGGCCGUGUUCUUGACGGCCAUGCUUGCGUCCGAAACUGGUAUCGUAGGAAUGAAUACUCUGUUCAAAGCUGCGACUUCAAAGGGACUCAACUCUUACGCUUUCCUAGGCUAUUCUUAUCUUCUUGGUUCCCUUCUACUUCUUCCUUCACAUAUCUUCUCCAACAGGUCAAGAUCACUUCCUCCAUUAAGUUUCUCAAUACUUUCUAAGAUGGGACUUCUUGGACUAUUAGGUUCAAUGUAUGUGAUCACAGGGUAUAUAGGCGUUAAAUACAGCAACCCAACCUUAGCUUCAGCUAUUAGCAAUAUCACUCCUGCUCUUACCUUUAUCCUAGCCAUUAUCUUCAGAAUGGAGAAAGUAAAUUUCAAAGAAAGGAGCAGUGUAGCCAAAGUGAUGGGGACAGUAUUGUCGUUAGUAGGCGCACCUGUGGUAGUUCUCUACCACGGUCCACGUGUCUUCGUUGCAUCUUCUCCGCCGUAUCUACACUUCCGUCAGCUUUCUCCGUCGUUAUUUUCUUCAAACUCCGACUGGAUCAUCGGUGGAUGUCUUCUUACCAUUAAAGACAUCUUCGUUUCUAUUUCUUUCAUACUUCAGGCACAUAUAAUGACUGAAUACCCAGCAGCAUUUACAGUCUCCUUUUUCUAUUCGAUGUGUGUUUCAAUCUUGACCUCGUUGACUGGACUCGUGGUCGAGAAGGACAAUCCAAGCAUUUGGAUCAUUAGAUUCGACAUUACAUUGAUAAGCAUUGUAACUAUGGGAAUAUUCACUCCAGUAUACUACGUGAUUCAUUCAUGGACAGUGCGUUACAAAGGACCUCUUUACUUAGCGAUAUUUAAGCCAUUGUCCAUUUUAAUAGCGGUUGUUAUGAGUGCUAUUUUUCUCGGCGAUUCUCUCUAUCUCGGAUGUUUGAUAGGAGGAGUUUUGAUAACGUUAGGGUUUUACGCUGUAAUGUGGGGGAAAGCAAACGAAGACAAGACUCGGUUGUUGACACUUUUAGAAAACGAGAAAACGCCUCUUCUGUUGAAUCACAACGACGACCAAAUUUAAUUAUUUGAAAAAAAAAUUGCAAGGGAAAAAAAACAUACGUAGAACUUGAAAAUGGUAGUGUUAAAACUAACGGUAGGGGAAAUUCUAACUUUGGCUUGUUAAGAUUUUUUUUGAUUGAAUGUAUUUUUGAUAAGUGAAAUUCGACUUAUGUAUUUUACAAAAUUAUUUUCUAAUUAUUUUAAUAUUAUUUUCAA